UCCACUGCCACAGCUGUCACUGCCGUUUAUAUAACCUCAAACCUCAAAAUAUAUAAAAUUCCGGACCCCGGUUAUUUAGAAUUGUUCACUGAAAAUCACACCAUGUCCGAAUUUGAGAAUCUUUCCGGCAACGACAAGGAGCUGCAGGAGUUCCUCAUGAUCGAGAAACAGAAGGCCCAGGUCAAUGCGCAGAUACACGAGUUCAACGAGAUCUGCUGGGAAAAGUGCAUCGGGAAGCCGAGCACCAAGCUGGACCACGCCACCGAGACGUGUUUGAGCAACUGCGUCGACCGCUUCAUCGACACCUCGCUGCUGAUCACCCAACGUUUUGCCCAGAUGCUCCAAAAGCGCGGCGGCGGCGACCUGUAGAGGGGUGUUCAUGUUACCACAACUGGAAUCUAGGAUCUGGGAUCUGGGUAUUUCGACUCCACAUCCGAAUCCUGGGAGCUUCCGCCACUGUCCUACUGUUAAAGCUAUUUUUAAACAAAAAAUUAUCAUGUAAGCACCUUUUUUUCCGCGCUGCGUUCUGGCGCGGCCAUCUGAUUAUGUGACCCGUCAUCCGGAAUCGGAGAUCCACCUUCUGGACAAGGACAAACCAUAAAUCCUGUACCAUAACACUACUGUUUUGACGGCCUGACGCUAGCGUAUCCAAAAUAAAUACAACUUUCGUUUUGUAUGUUUAAAUUGA